AUGAAUAACCUCGCCGCCGUGCUGAGCGAUCAGGGAAAGUACGAGGCGGCGGAGCAGAUGCAUCGAGAGGUGGUAGAAGUGAGGGAGAGGGUGCUGGGGAAGGAGCAUCUAUCGACGCUAACGAGCAUGAAUAACGUCGCCGGGGUGCUCUGCGGUGAUGUCUACAAUAACCUCGCUUUAGUACUGAGCGAUCAGGGAAAGUACGAGGCGGCGGAGCAGAUGCAUCGAGAGGUGGUAGAAGUGAUAGAGAGGGCGCUGGGGAAGGAGCAUCCAUCGACGCUGACGAGCAUAAAUAACCUCGCUUUAGUACUGAGCCAUCAGGGAAAGUACGAGGCGGCGGAGCAGAUGCAUCGAGAGGUGGUAGAAGUGAGGGAGAGGGUGCUGGGGAAGGAGCAUCCAGAGACGCUGACAAGCAUAAAUAACCUCGCCGCCGUGCUGAGCGAUCAGGGAAAGUACGAGGCGGCGGAGCAGAUGUAUCGAGAGGUAGUGGAAGUGACGGAGAGGGUGCUGGGGAAGGAGCAUCCAUCGACGCUGACAAGCAUAAAUAACCUCGCCGCCGUGCUGAGCGAUCAGGGAAAGUACGAGGCGGCGGAGCAGAUGUAUCGAGAGGUAGUGGAAGUGACGGAGAGGGUGCUGAGGAAGGAGCAUCCAUCGACGCUGACAAGCAUAAAUAACCUCGCCGCCGUGCUGAGGCAUCAGGGAAAGUACGAGGCGGCGGAGCAGAUAUAUCGAGAGGUGGUAGAAGUGACGGAGACGGUGCUGGGGAAGGAGCAUCUAUCGACGCUGACAAGCAUGAAUAACUUCGCCGCCGUGCUGAGCGAUCAGGGAAAGUACGAGGAGGCAGAGCAAAUUCAAGCCGUAGUUGUCGUGGGGAUGUUAAGAGUCUUCGGUUUCGACCAUCCAAACAGCAAAAUUGCUAUCAACAUCAUGCUCGCAAUAUGGAAAUACCAAGACAUGGAUGAACGUACAAUGGAAAACGCGCUUCUUGCACUCCUUCAUGAGGCGAAGCUUGACUGGAAGAAUCACCAGAUCCUCUGCCCAUCCUUCCAAGAACCCAGUCCUCCUGUGACCGAACCGAAUGGGCGCAUUGACGGUAUCAUCGAAGAUUCCUCCCCCGAGGCCUUUCGGCGAGCGCUUUUCUUCCCUGGCGGUGUCCAACAGCCGAAGUUUGUCUGGAUCAAAACCUGGAUCUUGACAGACUUUGAAAAUUUCGACAAAGUGGAAAUUUUCGGUCAUGAUAGGAUAGAACGUUAUUUUAUCAUCCACAACUCAAUUCAAGCACGGGGAGAAGGCCCCUAUGCAAAAGAGCUCAUUGCGUACUACUGCAAGGCUCGUGCGUUCGAUGAGCCACCGAAUCUGGCCGCCCAAUUCUGCUCAUACGGCAUUUUUACGACAGAAAUGCCAAAGAGCUCCUCCGAGACUUCGACAUGCGUGACUCACGAACUGCCGCCGACUUCUUCUCGUCGGCAUUUCGUCGUUGGAGUGGUGACAGCGUUCUUGAGAAAGAGCACUUUCUGGCGACAGUGCUUCCUUGUCCCCGGGACCGUCCUCGUUGGCUACCGCGACGGCGAUGAUCCCAUCUUCCAAGCAGAGGGCAGUGGCAUUGCCAAUCUGUUGGGAAUCCCAAUUCUGGCCCGAGCUCAAUGCCCGCUGGGCCAAGUGGAGCGUGACGGUGAUCCGGAAGUCGUUCUUGAUGGCCGUUGUAACCCCGCCGCAGAGGUUCUCUUGCGAGAUAUCACCUCACGAACUACUGGUGUGCAGGAAACGCCUACGAUUCCCAUUUUCCCUCUGGAUGAUUGCCAAUAUAUGGGGGAAAAUGGCUUCGGAUCGUCCCCGAUGUACUGGAAAGUCUGCGGGUCUGCUUUCUUGGUUCGUGCUGACGGCGUGCCACUGCUGAGUCAACACGUUGAAGCCCUUCUCAGCUACAUUCGCGAAGAAGUUGAGCCCCGCCUGGCCAAGGCAUUGGUGGGGGUCGCUCCUGGUGAUGUUGUCGCGGGUCGAGAGAAUGUACUCAACUCCAUCACUCCGGCCGACUUCUCCAGAUACUUCGACGCUUUCAAGGUUUCCCAGUCGGCCCACGAUUCCGAUUGGGAAGAUUUGGAAUCUCCGUAUGCGAUGACAAAGGAGACCAUCGCAAGACUGAAGAUUGCGAUAGAGGAGCGAUGGGAGAUCCAGAAUUCCAUCCACGACCGCCUUACAUCUACGUGA